AUGGCUCUGCUAAAAUGGUUAGUCUUUGCGUUGACUUUUUGUGAGCAGGUUAUUAAUUUGGAUGCCAAGAGUUGCCCAAAAGGUAGAGUAUCAAGUUUCUUGUAUGACACUGUGAUAUUCUUCACAUAUUUUUGUUUGAACUUCUUAAUUUUUUUGUCAUAUUGUGAACUGAUGCAGGUCAGUUUGUGGCACCUAACAAGCCAGGUGGUUGUGCCGUUUGCCCUGCUGGAUUUUACCAGCCUGACACCAAUGAGUCUAACAGGUGCAAAGUAUGCAGGAGGUGUGAUGAAGGUAAGUGGCGUCCAAAUUACUUUUGAUAGAAUAUAUGAUUCUCAUUGUUUGGUUUUGAGGGAAAAGCUUGAUGUAACUCUCUGGAUACACUUUCCCCAUGAAACAGUUUUCCUGUCCUAGCUUGCUUUCUUUAAUACUGUUCCACUCUUUGCUGUUUGUUUUAGAAUCGGGGAGUUAUGCUUUAAAGGAGUGCACAGCAGAGACAAACAGAGAAUGUAGUUGCCGUGGCGGGUUCCUUCGCAGUGACACUGAUUUCUCCACCUGCAAAUGCGACAUAGGAAAUGGCAAACAGGACAGAGGUACAGAGAUCUCACAGAAUUGAAAUAGCAUGAUAAAGAUAUACAUUUCUAACCAUUUACUCUUUUUUAACAGAAUGCUUACAAUGUCAAGAUGGCUAUUUCAACAAUCGUAUUGACUCGCCCUGUAAAAGAUGGAAAACGUAUGUUCAUUGACACUUGUCUGCUAUUGUUUGAUAAACUUAUUUUAUACAUCUUUUCUUUGCAUGAUUCGUAGCUUGGCACCCAAUAAUUCUACUAUGCCUCUAUUUGAUUGUAGUUGUUUAUCGUGAUAUUGUGUUUUUAUUCUAGGUGUAGCGCAGGAGUGAAUGUUACUGGAACCAAGGUCUCAGAUGUCAUCUGUAAUGCAGAAUCCAAGACCUACUUUACUACAACAACCAUGUCAAACAAACCAUCUCAUGAAGGGACUAAAAUUCAGAAGAAGCAAACCGUGAACAACACUACCACCCUUAGCGCCACAUCUGCCCCAAGACCAAGACUCACUCCUCAGGGAAAAAUGCCAACUACCCGUCCUCCUAGCACGGACUACCACAUUGGUAAAAUUAAUUUGGACCAAUAUAUUUAUGAAAAGACCCAUAUUUACAAGCAUCAUUGGGUAAUUAGUAUUUUUUUUGUCUUCUGUAGGUAGUACUAUCCUCCUCACAUGUGUGAUUGCUCUUCUUGUACUUACGGCUGUGAUCUACAAGCUGCUCAUUUCACCUGGCUGCUCGGAGAGAAAACCAGCAGUACAAGGUAUGUUGCAGGAUUACUGUUGAAGCAAUUGCAUACGAGACUAGUGGAACAUUUAGAGAAAUAUAAAUGCUGCACGAAUUCUGUCUCUACUGUUAAAUAUGAUACAACAGCCAGCUUGCUAAGAGUAGUAUAUCAAAGCUUCAGGAUGUCCAAUGAGAAAUAUAACAGGUGUAUCAGAACUUUUGAAGGUGAUUUUGUUCUCCUUAGAGAAUGCCAUGGUAACAGGCCAUGAAAGCAGAAACCUUUUAGGCGCUCUACCUCACAGUAACUGUUAACUCACAGUGCAAGCAGCAAUCUUGGGACUCAAUGGCUCAUGUCUGCUAACUUUUAGGGAUGAUAGCCAACUUUUUCAGGAUUCAGCUUUUUUAGGUUUCAAUUUUUUGAGAUUUCAACUUUUUGAGGUUCCGGGCACAGCCAGGGGUGAGAAAGGACUUUUGACUAAUACUUGCCUGUCUGUGUGCCUGUAAAUUGUUUACUGCCCACAAUACAAAGAGCAUUUGACUAAGGAGGGCACUGAAUUAGUCAAACAGAAUCCAUGAACACAUUUCAGCUGUGCUUAAAUGCAAUUGUUUGUUCAUCAUUUUUGGAUGAUAGCUUAAAGUUCUGAGGACUGUAUUUUGGUUGGUAUACUUUUUUUUUUUUUUUUUUUUUUGCAGACCAAAUAUCUGCAAACAAACAAUACUGUCCGUAAAGCUAAUGGAAAAUACUAAUUGAGUUGCAAACAAGAGCAAGAAAACUUCCUCCCCCUCACCUCAGAGCCUGCGUUCAUUGCAAAAUCUGAAAUGAUGCCAGCGAUAGAGACAGCAUGGUUCUUACAUGGAAACACUUUCCAGCAGACCACUAAUUGCAAGCUGAUGGAAAAACACUAUAUGUCACUAUGUCAAUUUAUGUGUGAAUAGCGUGAGGAUGUCACCCUUUCAUCAAACUGUUAAUACAGGACUCUCAUCAUUCAUUCUUUCAUAGAUCUGUUGCUUCAAUUAGUGAUGGAUGAUGACUCUAAAGACAUUUAUUCAGCUGAAAUAACUACUGAAAGCCCUCGAGUUUACAUGUAGGGUGAUUUUUAUCAAUCAUCAUCACAAUGUGGUUCCUGAGCAACCACAUGAGACUCAAGGAGGCCACUGCUUUAGGCCGAGUAGUGUAAUGGUUCAGCACAGAUUUCUCUGCUGCUUAUUUUUUGUAUUUUGCGAAAUCACACUAGUUAUAUCCAGCUAAUUUGUAAAAUUACAAUGUGCUGUGAGAACAGAGACAGUCAUGCCAGUCAAGUGUUAGCCAAGCAGCUGCUAGCCAAGCCUGUAGCUACAGCUAACUUCUAUUGCUAUAUGCGGUAAAGCUCUACCAUCUGAAUGUAAACAAGCACAGUUGACAGAUGGAAUCACAUGGUGAAGUGGUGAAUUCAGUCUGUCUUUUCCGUUAAUAAUGCUGUUAUUUUCAUGUUCCAGUGCAGGAGUCGUUGUGUGGAAAACCCGUCGAGGAGAGUGGAAAUGGCAGUCAGUCCUCUCUCAAACAGUAUUCAGAUGAGCCCUGAGGUGAAACUGAACAUCUGUGGAGUAAAACCAUUUUACAUUAGGAAAUAAUCUAGUAAAAGUAUUCACAGUGUGUCUUUAUAUCUGUCACAAUAUAGUAAUCAACAUUUGAAUGGUGUUUAUCUUUUGUAAGACAAUACCAGGUGAAUAGAAAACAUCAUAUCUCAAUUUUUAUUAUUUUUAUCAACUGAGAACUAAGAUGUAAAAUAGUGCUGAAUGCUCUGUAGUGAAAUGUGAAUGGCUUGAGGAUCAUGUUAUACAUGUUUUAUGGUAUUUGCAAAUAAUUCUUUUUUAAUCGUUGUAAUACUUAAUGAUGAUGCUACAUACUGUGAAAUGUUUUAUGGGCUGACUGACAAGUGUCUAAGAAAUGUGCUGGGAUUAAAUGGAAAUGCAGUAAAGGCUGAAAAAAACUGAUCCAAACAUCAAACUCCUGGAAAAAAAAACCUUUACGGGUUGUUUUUGCAUAAUUUUCAGUCUAUUUUUAUCUUGUUUUGUUUGAUCAGCUCUUUCCACUGGUAGCAUUUGUAUGUGGGGUUGGGGGGAGUCCCACUCGGGGACUGUUCUCCCCAAUGAAUGAAACUUCCUGUCAUGUUUUCGUUUCAGCCCGUUGGAAAGACUCGUUCUGUAAAUGUUAAGACUUUCACGUUUGUGUAGUUGAAUGGAGACUUUCCCCUGAUUGCCAUGGUCUGAGGAGAUAUAGAAGCAUGAUGUCAUUAUCCAGAAUAAUCUUUACUUCACUGCAAGAAAAACUUUUUAUCACAUGGAGCAUGGUGUGCAACCGUAUGGCUCUGUGUCAUUCAAGUUUGUCUGAGUUCAGUUUGUUUUAAUUCAGUGACAUAGCGACCUCUAGUGGCGUUCUCAAGGCAAAAGAAUAUAUAACGAAAAUAAUACUACUAUAACAGCUGUUGAUGUAUUUCUAACAUUUAAGCACUGGUGCAGGAAUUCAAAAACACUCAGUGACAGGUAGGGUCUCACUAUAGUUAAUUUUUUUAAAUUAACUAAUUCAAAUGCAAACUGAGAAGUUAAGACACGAAAUGACUCUUUGUUGGGAUUGCUAAUAAUCUAAACAUCCUUUAAUGUGACCCAACUACACAGAGGUGAUCGGUGAAGAAUUGUGGAAAUAUCGUAUUUAUUUUCAUGUGUUCUGUACUUAUACAUGUGUACAUUUUAUUUGAAAAUUUAGCACAAUAUAUCUAUCAUAUGGAUGCGGUGCACUGAAUAUUUUAUUUGAAAUAUCAUGAGGAAGAAAACCUCAAUAUAAGUGUAAGUAUCUCAAUUGCUAACCAAAGUACUGCACAGAGGUUAACUCCUGCCAGAAACCUGUCAGACUGGUAUCUGAAUUUUUUGUAAAUCACUCUUUUUUGCCUGUUUUUUGUUUUAUUUUUGUGUGUUAUAGACUGAGAUUCUGUGAAUAAAGAGUUUCUACACCCCUUGUCUUUUUGUAUAACUUAAGUGGUAACACUGGUAACAGAGAGUGUUCACACACGAUGGAAACAGUGCUUGUAGAAACCCCGUAAAUGACAGUAAUCCAGGAAGUCGGUGUGUGGUUUCAAAGAAAUAACCAACACGUGUGCAAAACCUUCAGGGCCUCCAGAUAGCUGCUUUGUGAAGCUCAAGAACCUUUCUCAUGAACAACUCAUUAAAAUCACACAUAUAUUUAUAUAGUGAAGUUAUGUAAAGUCUCUGUAAAACUGACUCUGUAUUUAUAACGACAGGCUGAAGGCUAUUCUGUAAAGUGAAUAUGGUGUGUUACAGGCUUUUAGGGAUAACAUUGUCUUUUCGAGUGACAGCUGCCAUCAAAUAAGGUGAUGGUUGUAAAGGUAGAUAUCAAAUGACAGCCUAAUAAACUAAACUAAAUUAACCAAAUAUAAUACUUAUUUUCACACUGCCUGCAAAUAAAAACUUGAUUGAAAGUUUGGGGGUUUCUUUCUACAACAAUGUAUUCUAUUUGUAUAGCACCUCUCAAAAUACGAGCUCAUUUAGCAGAUGCUCUUAUCCAAAGCAAUAUAUAUUUAAGAUCAAUUAGGCACAGCCAGGAGCGUCUUGCCCAAUGACACUUCAGCACAUGGACAGCUCUGGAAUUGAACCCCUAGACCUACUGAUUGAGGGACAACCGACUCUAACAACUGAGCCACAGCUGACACACAAUAUAAGCUUACACAGGCUGUGAGGAUCAAACAAGGUCAUUGUGAUUGUGUCAUGGUAAGGAGGCAAAUGUAAGUGCACCAACACUCAUCAAAUCUGACAUAGUUCUUAGUGAAGGAGCGGGAGAUGGAAAUACAAGGGCUGCUUGAUGUUGUGGCAUGGUCAGAAGUGUAGACUGUGAGAGAGCAUAGAAAGAGUAAGCUAGCACAGGAUAGAUGUAUAAGUAUCUGCUAUGCUUUUCUCUUGCAAAUCACCCCAGAUGGGACUCGAACCCACAAUCCCUGGCUUAGGAGGCCAGUGUCUUAUCCAUUAGGCCACUGGGGCUGCAGAACUGGUCAACAGACACUUCAUCAAAUCAGAAAACUAUUUUUGUCAACACUUUAAAAAAAAAAUCAAGUCAAGCAAUGGUUAAAGCAUUGUCAACGUUUCAAAGCAGCUUUGAAUGAGCAGCCUCUGAACUGGGAUUUAAGUGCGGGUAAGUCAGUACAGUCACAGAUAAAUUUAGGUUUAGAGUUCCACAGAAAGGGGGCAGCAAAGGAGAACGCUCUUUCACCCCAGGUUCAAUACUUGAUCCCAUUUGUUUGGAAGAGGAGGUUGGCAUCAGAGAAGCUAGGACUGCAGUAGGGUGAGUAGGGAGACUUAACUGUUUAUGGAAAUGUACAGACUGGGAGAUAUGAUCUGGCUGCUCGACAAAAUGUGGAGGAGAGAUGUUCCAGAUGUGACACCUGGAAUAAAGUGUGGUUUGAUGUGAGUUUAGCAUCCAGAAAUCCUGAUCAUCAGCAAAUACAUAACAAUUAUAUACAUAGGGUUUACUUAACUCCUGGAAAGUUUUAUUUGAUGAAGGUUAUAAAUGAUCAUAUAUGUACUUUCUGUUCUUCCAAAGUGAUGGACAGUUAUUAUUUUCAUGUGUUCUGGGAGUGGCCAAAUUUUGGAAGAUGGUUACCUUUAACCUCUCUAAGAGUUGAAGAUCAGGUUGCCCUGCUCCCCUGCUACACUCAUUUUGAAAGAUCGGGUUUGACACUGGAUAACAGAAGAGCAUUGUUGGCUGGACUUAACGGCUGUGAAAAAAUUGGUUACCACUAUAGACUGUAUCUACUAUGGACAACUUGGUUCUGCCUUCCGCCAGUAUACGGAUUUGAAGCCGAAAAAUCUCUUGCACGCAUUGGGCUGGAGAGUUGCUGAGAGUCGCUGUGAUGACAUUCGGCUCAAACAGCGUAUCCCCCAGGUGAGCUACACAAUCUUCGUCUGCCAAUAGGCUGUAUCAAGUAUCAAUCAUAGAAAUGAUUAACCCCCUAAUAACUUUUAAAAGUGGAGCUGUACAGAAAAAAGAGGACUUGAGCACAAACCAGUCUUACAGUAACUACAUGUUAACAUCGUAAGCAGGGUGGAGAAAAGUUUAUGUUCUGUGUAAUUAAUUUCUGAAGUUUGUCCACAGCUCCAUAGGGAUUGCUGGAGGAGGCGGGAUUUAUGACCUAUACUGCAGCCCGUCACCAGAGGGUGCUGUUUUUUUGGGUGGCGUCACCCAAGGUGAUGGACGGCAUCCAUUCUGUAUACAGUCUAUGGUUACCACAUGUUGGAAACUUUCUUUCAGAGCAUGGGUUCUGAUAUAUAUUAAAUAUAUUUAUCACUACAAUUUUAUUAAUAAUUGCUUUUAUUUAUUUAUUAUUUUUUGCUUAUUUAACCGUAUCUGUAUAUAAGCAUAGGUAUUAAUAUUUAUCUUGUGAACUAUUUCUGUGACAUAGGUCUACCUUUACUCAAAAUGAUACAGCGCAGCAGAACAGAUUAUUCUGUUGAUUUCAGUGGACACUCCUUGUUAUGGAAAGUUCAAUGACUCUGUGUCUGAGGCCCAUAAACACUGCAUGUUGACUCAGUGGAUUUCCCUCUUUCAGACAGACGUUUUAGGGUUAGGGUUAGGGUUAGGGUUAACACUUUUUCUCAUUUUCUACAUCUGUUAAGAAUAACUUAACAGGAUACCAACCUGCCAACUUUACACAAAAAAUUGUACAAGCAAACAAACUUAAGACUAGAUACAAAUUAAAAAACACAUAGGACAAAAAGCAACUUGAAUUAAUAUACCGUAAAAAGUAUAAAUACUCGCCAGCUAUUGAAAAAUACAUCCAUAACUUCUUCUUUUCUCUGUCCUUACAUGGUUUACUUUGGCAUUCAGUGCUCUUUAACUUAUAAACCUGAACUAUCAGUAAACUUUUGUGACUUCUUGAAGAGGGCUUUCCUCAGUAAGUGACGACACACAUCUAACACCUACCCUCACCACAACACCCUCAGAGUGGGUGGUGCUGAUGAUGCACCCUGACUCCUGUGAGCUGCGUGUAAGUACGUCUCUCGCUACGUCACAUGCAGGAGGAGGGUUAAAGCAUGCGACUGUGUGGUUGUGAUUGAGGGGGAAGUGAAUGUCUUCAGGCACAGCAGAGCCAUGAGGGAAGGGAUUUUCUGCGGGGAUUGGGGUUGGAGGGGGGCACUAAAACAUUUACCAAACCGUGCAGAUUUACAUGCGGUGGAUUCGAUGCUGUGAUUCUAAUAUUGCUCAUGCAAACGAGGAGCUGAGAAAGCAUUAAACUUUAUCAAGAAAAAUGUGCAGGACCACAAAUCACUCAUUAAUAGUCAUCUCUCACUAUCAUAGUGAGUCUUUGUAAGAUUCAGCAGUAUUUCCCAAAGAACACCAAAUCUUGACAGGACUCAACAACAGCAGUAGCCUUUCCACCUAAUGAUUGAUUCAACUACUUUUUUAAACUACCCCGUCAAAACUUUGAUCGAUAAAUCAUUUGAAGAUGAUAUUUGACAAGUACGAGUCAGUUUUUUUUCCUCCAUCAACAAUGGACUGAAACUAUGAAGUAGAUUUUUAAUAUAAUUUUUGUGCUUAUUUACCUUUACUAUGUUGCAUUCACCAGGAACAACAUUAUAGAGUCACACCUCAAGACGGUAAAUUAAUUCUCUGCACACAUUUUUGUGGUUUGCAUGUUCGUGCGUUCUGCAGGGUAUGAACUUCUCGCCUGAUAAAAGUUCACUUGCAUGUGUUGUCGUGUAAAACACGCCCCCCUCCAUGGGAAGAAAAGCAUACAAACCCACGCAUGAACACACUUCAUGCUAGCUUAACCACAUUUCACAUUUUUACAGACUCUGAACAAGCCUUGGUGUUAGAAGAUAAAAUCAAGCAGGCUUCUUUGACGUCUUCAAUAAACGAUGAAAACAAACAGUUUAAUAACACUUUGUAUGUUAUGGGAAAGGAAAUUAUACCACCAAGAUAACACUUUCACCGUGCCCUUACUUUGUAGAUGUGUGUUUACAUAGAACCAAACUGAGUCAUCUUAGCACUGUAAAUGUGUGUUUCAUUAAUCGCUGUUUUAAGGUCAUACUCUUGAUAUGACUUUCUGUCAUAUGGACAUUUUUAACUCAAAUUUGACUUUGUGUAAAUCACAAAUGAAAACAAAUAGAUGCAUUGCAUUUCUAAAAUCCAGUUAAAUCCUCUGCAAUUUUAACCACGUUAUUCAGCCAUUACAUUUAUUGUGAUAUUCUUCCAUUAUGAUCAGUCUUGUUCGUAUUUCUUUACAGUUAUAGUAUCAGUUAAGUUGACCUGACCAAGUUAAGUUGGUCGCUCUCGAUUUUUGUGGUUGUCCUCUCAGCUUCCCUUAAAGUUUUGAAAAACACAGGUAUGAAACACCAAGAUGCCACAUACGACCAAAGUUAAGUAAUAUAAUAAGACUCAAAUCAAAUCUGUCAUUUUUUUGUGAGAGAUUAUUACUUGUAAAAGUCACUGCUCUGGAAUGAACUACUUGUAGACUUUAACAGCAUUUUACUGUUUUUUUUGUUUUCCUGGAUUAUUCUGAAUAUCUGUCUAAUUUCUUAUUGAAUCUAUUGAAGAUUAAAUCAUUUUAAGAGCAAAUUUGCCCCAUGAUGCCCCAGGUAGACAAAGUGGAACCUCUUUGCUGAUCUAGUCUUGCACAUGUGUAAAUAUUUUUUUCUCACAAAAAGACAAACAAACAAACAAAAAAGUACAUUUCUGUUGUCUUAAACAGUCACAAAUUUCACUUACUGUGGAUUCACACUUUGCUUUUUGCGGUCAAAAGGCUGUAUUACUAUUAUUUCUAAUCUGUUUUAUUCAUUUGUCUUUUUUCAUUUUCAGUCAUGUCAGAUUUAGUUUCAUAGAAGUGCAAAUAAACAGUAAUCAGCCCUCAGACUUGACCCUGAAAGCCAAGUUUGAUAUGGACUUGGGAAUGGAUUUCAAACAUUAUUCAGUUUAAACAUGUUCUUAUAGCCUACUUAAUUUUACCUCUCUUGAUUCCCCUCCUUUAUCAGAUUUUUUCUUUGUUUUACAGUAAUUAAAGCAACACUCAGCAGGAGCAAAUCUUAAAUCUUUGCAAAUAAAUUAAAUCCAUAUGUGUCUUUGUUGAUUUUUACCAGCAUCCACAUCAGCUACACUAUCUUAAUUUAAUCAAUCCGGCUCUCCUGGUCAAGACAAUAGUUCUGCUUUGGAUCUAUAAAUGAAGUUUUAUAAUAAGGUAAAAUCUAAGAGGACAUACUCAAAUUAUGAAGUAUGGGAACAUUAAUUUAACUUGUUACCACCGUCAUUCACUCUUUACAAAUAUUUCUUAAAUCAUCAUCUGCUUCCAAUAGCAUCAAGUGGUCUUUCACUUCUGUGGUGCUGCACUUGUCUCACACUUUCUGUCUCGGAUAGCUAACCACAGUCACAACUCAUAGCUGACGUCAGGAGACCACAGGCAAGAUAAAAACCCUCACAGCAAGAACAGAGCAGUGGACACAAUGUUUCCUCUGAGCCUUUCUCUGGUGAUAUUAUCUAUAUGGAGUAUCUGGAUUUCAGAAUUUGCCGCAGGUUGUGGGGAGCGACAGCAUAGGGUGGACGGUCGAUGCUGUGACCUUUGCCCUCCAGGUAAAAAGAUUAAAUCUAUCUUUAUCAUUUUUUUUUUUGUGACGCCAUAGUUAACUUUAACCAUCGCAUGUCUUCAGGAUAAUAGAUGUACACAAAGGGACUAGGUGUGUUAAUCGUCAGUUGUUAUUUUAUGUUAAAGGGACAUAUGUGGAGAAGUUCUGCUCACAGCACCGGCAGACUAUCUGCACCCCCUGUAAAAAGGGCACCUACUCGGAUCAAUAUCACAUUUUAGACACAUGUGAGGAAUGUCAGUCAUGUCAAGGUAAAUGCAAAAUACUAAUGUAAUGCUUGUUGCAUCUGUAGUGAAACACCUGCCAGAGAUACUGACGGUGCUUUUCAAAUAGCGGAAAACAAAGGCUUUGUUUGGAAGUCCCGUGGUUCAAAUUCUUGUCUCUUUUCAGAAUAUACUGAGAAAUGUACACCCACCACAAAUGCAAACUGCUCUUGCCGCCCUGACUUCCUGUGCUCCAACAGUGUCUGCUCAAAGUGUGAGGAAAACAAAUGUGUCACAGGGGAGAGACCGAAAAGGACAGGUGAGAGUGGACUUAUUUGUCUCAAGGACAGAAAUAUGUUGUGAGUUAUUUGUUUUGCUGGUACAAAUCUGCUUAGAGAGCAGCAACCACAGUGUCUCUGUUUCUUGAUAUUUAUCAUGUCAGGAAGCAGGAGGUGGUUAAAUGGAAACUUGACGUGUGUGUGCCCCCGUAGCACUUGGCAAAUGUAGGUUGGAGGUACCAACCACAUUUUCACAGUCUGUAACAUAUUUCAGCUCACUCAGCCAUAAACUGUAACCUUUCCCAAACAACUUCAAUACUGUAUGUUUUAUUUAACUAUAACAAUGUUUAUGACUUUUGACCUUUAAGUGAGUAAAAUAGGAGCUCCCUGUUACAAAGUUAAGAAGGUUGAGUGUUAAGCCCCCAUAGACCAGUCAACUAAUAUUGGUUAUUCAGAAAACAAUAAAUUACCCUGUACCCAAGUACCCCGAUGGCAGAAAUGAUGAAUUCAUUACCACUGGUAAUUUUCCAAGUAGAAAUGUUAGACAUUUGUUCCAUAUAUUGACUAUAAAGCUUUAGAGCUUUUCUUUGUCAUUUGGGGUGGGAAAAGAAAAGUCUUUGGGCUUUGGAGCAUUAAAGCUCCUGUGAGGAACUCUAAGUCUAUGUCAAUUUUGGCGCCCCCCUAUGGACAAAGCAGUCUUUCCUACAUGUAUCCUCUACAUGCUUGAGGAGUUAUUUGUGACAAAAAUAUCACCCCGCUGGCUUGUAUGCAUCAUUACUUGUGAAUAUGUUUUGAGGAAAUUAUUGAAGUAAGGCUGUUUCUUCAGCUGGUUGGCUGACACCUACCCCCUCACACCGAUUUCAGGUAUUAGAAAAUAGGACAUAAAAGUCUUCAGUCUUGUCUCUGACAGUCUUGUUUGCUCGUAGACACUACAAAAAGACAUCAACAUGAUUUUCAGUCUAUUUGAUAAAGGUAAACAAACUCGUCAUCAGAGCUUUGAUUUGUUGAAAUUGCAAGUUGAAGACAACACUGUCUGGCACAUGGAAUAUAUGUUUUUUUUCUUUUUACAUUUAUGGACAAAACAAAAUAUUGCUCUGUUUUAGUGAUAAUACAUAUUUUUUAUUAUGGGACAAGGACAAAACAUCAACAGACUAUUUUUAAUCAUAACACAAAGACAGCCAGCUGUGGUUUGACCUAAAAUGAAAUGUCUGCAGUGCAAGCUGCUCCGUACAGACACAUCCGACAAGCAAAUUUGCCAUCACUGUACCCUGCACAGCCCAGGCUUGUGGAUAUUUCUUUACAUUUUGCCCAUCUCUGGUGAUUUACAUUUGGAUGUAUCUAUGUUUGCAGACAAACCCAAAGGAAAAUGGUUGAUCGAGUACUCCUAUCAGUGUGAGCCGUUAUGCCCUGAUACUGAAUAUUUUGAUGUGAAAAAGAACGUCUGCAAACCUCUGACACAGUAAGACGCCUGAACUUCAGCUAUUUAUGACAAUUACUUUCUUUAAAGAUACUGUUUUAAUAAUGGUUUAUAUUCAACAGGUGUAGUGUAUUUGGACUUGCUGAGCGUUUUCCCGGGAACAAAACCCACAACUCAGUUUGUGAAGGAGGUAUGUGUACCUCCAUGUAAACAUGUUUCAUGCCGACACAAACUAGCCUGUGCUUUGACAAAGAAAAAAAUGAGGUCAUAUACAAUGUUUGAUGGCAGUUUUUUGAACUAACUUGCCUUUCACUUGCUGUUUCACCAGAGAGACCUGGAAAUGGUGGAGACUUUGUUUAUGUGAUCCUCAGUGUUGGCUUCGUUUUCCUUUCACUCACCCUCCUCAUAAUGCUGUCUUAUGUCUGUGUGAAGAACCUGAGGAAGCACAAACAAGGUUAGUGUGCGGUGGUGGAAGUACAUAAAUAGAUGGACAAAUAAGGACAUCAAUUCAAAACAAAGCAAAACAUACUUUUAUUCACUUUUAACUUCUGUUUUUUUUCUGAUUUUGGAUCAGAAGAAUGAAACAGGACGCUCUAUCUGCAAACAUCAAGUAUAUGACCCUCUUCCUGAAGGCUUUUAUUUUGAAAUUAUUCAAAGUAAAUUCAGUGUUGCUUUUUUGCUUGUUGUUUUAUGUAAAACUACUUGAGCCUUUUCAUUUCCAACAUGAGUCUCAGUUGUUUUGGGAUCUUAAAUGUUUCAGCUAAUGUCAAAACUUUACAUCUUUUUUUUGUAAUCAUUGUGAUCGAUUAAUAUCAAAUUACUUUAAUACCGUGUCUUUAAAGAGACAAAACUAACAUCUUUUAGAGGAGAUAAGUAAUCUUUAAAGCUAUGUUCUGUAAAAAGUCCGGCUAAAUUUGCUGUGCUUUAUAACUCCACAUGCUGUUCAGUACAGUUUUUAUGAGAUGAUGAUAAAAAUAUCAGGUCAGAUGAGCGCUCCUCUUACUGAAAGACCAUGAAUGUAAAUUGUAAAACAAGUAUCAUCAUUGAGAAUCCCUGAAAACAAACCUUGAAAAUCAAGUACUGAUCAAUAAUUCAUAUUUGAGCAAAAUUUAUGAAUCUUAACAUUACAUUUUUGCACAUUACAUCAGUAUCAGCUUUGAAUGAAAUCUUUUCUUUGUUUGAUUUUCAUGUAAUCUGGUGUAUAAUGUACUUUUUCAACAUAAAAUCUAAUAAAAACAACAUUAAAAAUAUCUUACUUUAACUAGAUUUAGUAAGAUAUCCCAUUUAAAAUGUCUAAAUUAAGCCACACUUAUCAUAACCAGUGAAGGGACCUUCAUUGAAAACUGAAAUUAUUUUUAAUUCAUCACACAAAUCUACAUUCAGUUUGGAUUCAUAGGACAUGAGUGAUUGUUGUUCAGAAUGGCUUCAGGGUCUGUUUGAUGAUUUGGCCUGUUUCUAAAUAUUGUUUCUGAAUGACUUAUUCUUUCUGCUUAGGCGAUAAACCAUCAGACCUAACUGCUCCCUCCACCAACACCAGUGACUUCCACCUGUCGAAGGAGGAAAGCGGCCUUCAGCUCAUCAGCCAGGACAACUCCAAACACAGCGACAGUUUCUGCGACUUACAACUGGAAAGCCUUACUGACUGAACAUUGUUCUGGAUGAUAAUACUGACUGAAUGAUAUAAAUGCAUUUAAGCUUUUUUCUUUGUAUAAUUUACAUAUUCAAUCAAACCUCAUGACAUUAGAGAUGUCCCUCUGUGGAUGUGAGGUUCCUGCUUUCACUUCUAACAUGAUACAGCAGACCUCUGCAUGAUACAGCAGACCUCUGCAGUCACCCCCUCCUAAUUACCACUACCGAGUGCCUUUGAGCUCGGUAUUUAAUCAUAUUUAAUUGGAUGAUGUGAAC